GGCGAUCCCCCGUGUAAGAGUGAGGAAGAGGAGGACAUUCCAGGAGAUGUCACCACAGCAGAAAAUCCCAGUACAAAUUCUGAAGGAAAUUUGUUGUCACUAAAUUAUAAAGUAGAAGAUGAAGAUAUGCAGCGCUCUUCAGGAGAAAAUAUUAAUGUACAUCCAGGACUUCACAGUACAUAUAAUCUUCCUAAUCAUGAGGAACCUUAUCUUGACCAGAAAGAGGGUGAAAUGUUUUACUGUGGUAAAGAGUUCACAAAAAGAUCAAGUCUUUCUACAUAUAGAAGAAUUCGCACCGGGGAGAAGCCAUACUCCUGUUCAGAAUGUGGAAAGUGCUUUAAAGAUAAAACACAUCUUGUUAGACAUAAAAAAAGACACACAGGAGAGAUGUUUAAGUGUUCAGAAUGUGGGAAAGGUUUUAAAAUCAAAUCAAAUCUUGUUAUACAUGAGAGAAUUCACACAGGAGAGAAACCAUAUUCAUGUUCAGAAUGUGGGAAAUGUUUUAAAGAUCAAUCAAGUCUUGUUAGACAUAAGAGAAGUCACACAGGAGAGAAGCCAUAUUCAUGUUCAGAAUGUGGGAAAUGUUUUACACAAAAAUCAGAUCUUGUUAGGCAUGAGAGAAAUCACACAGGAGAGAAGCCGUUUUCGUGUUCAGAAUGUGGGAAAUGUUUUACACAAAAAACAUAUCUUGUUACACAUCAGAGAUUUCACACAGGAAAGAAGCCUUAUUCAUGUUCAGAAUGUGGGAAAUGUUUUGCACAAAAAUCAGAUAUUGUUAGGCAUGGGAGAAGUCACACAGGAGAGAAGCCAUAUUUGUGUUCAGAAUGUGGGAAAUGUUUUACACGGAAAUCAGAACUUGUUACACAUCAGAGAUUUCACACAGGAGAGAAGCCAUAUUCAUGUUCAGAAUGUGGGAAAUGUUUUACAGAUACAUCAGGUCUUGUUAGACAUAAAAGAAGUCACACAGGAGAGAAGCCAUAUUCAUGUUCAGAAUGUGGGAAAUGUUUUGCACAAAAAUCAGAUAUUGUUAAGCAUGAGAGAAGUCACACAGGAGAGAAGCCAUAUUUGUGUUCAGAAUGUGGGAAAUGUUUUACACAAAAUUCUAAUCUUGUUAAACACCAGAGAAGUCAUACAGAAGCAAAUUUAUGGAUCCAGGAGGAGAAGACCACCAGAGAUAUGUCCCCAUCCUCUGUAUUCCCAGGACUGUCCAGCGGAGAAGGUCCCGGAGACUCCUCAGGACUUCACAGUACAUAUAAUCUUCCUAAUCAUGAGGAACCUUAUCUUGACCAGAAAGAGGGUGAAAUGUUUCCCUGUGGUAAAGAGUUCACAAAAAGAUCAAGUCUUUCUACAUAUAGAAUAAUUUUCACCGGGGAGAAGCCAUACUCCUGUUCAGAAUGUGGGGAGUGCUUUACAGAUAAAACACAUCUUGUUAGACAUAAAAAAAGCCACAUAGGAGAGAUGUUUAAGUGUUCAGAAUGUGGGAAAGGUUUUAAAAUCAAAUCAAAUCUUGUUAUACAUGAGAGAAUUCACACAGGAGAGAAACCAUAUUCAUGUUCAGAAUGUGGGAAAUGUUUUAACGAUCAAUCAAAUUUUGUUAGACAUAAGAGAAGUCACACAGGAGAUAAGCCAUAUUCAUGUGUAGAAUGUGGGAAAUGUUUUAAAGGCCAAUCAAAUCUUGUUAGCCAUAAGAGAAGUCACACAGGAGAGAAGCCAUAUUCGUGUUCAGAAUGUGGGAAAUAUUUUACAAAUAAAUCAAAUCUAGUUAUACAUGAGAGAAAUCACACAGGAGAGAAGCCAUAUUCAUGUUCAGAAUGUGGAAAAUGUUUUAAAGAUCAAUCAGGUCUUUUUAGACAUAAGAGAAGUCACACGGGAGAGAGGCCAUAUUUGUGUUCAGAAUGUGGGAAAUGUUUUACACAAAAAUCAGAUCUUGUUAGACAUAAGAGAAGUCACACAGGAGAGAAGCCAUAUUCGUGUUCAGACUGUGGGAAAUGUUUUACACAAAAAUCAGAUCUUGUUGGGCAUGAGAGAAGUCACACAGGAGAGAAGCCGUUUUCGUGUUCAGAAUGUGGGAAAUGUUUUACACAAAAAAAACAUCUUGUUAAUCAUAUGCGAAGUCACACAGGAAAAAAGCCGUAUUCGUGUUCAGAAUGUGGGAAAUGUUUUGCACAAAAAUCAGAUAUUGUUAAGCAUGAGAGAAGUCACACAGGAGAGAAGCCGUAUUUGUGUUCAGAAUGUGGGAAAUGUUUUACACAAAAAUCUAAUCUUGUUAAACAUCAGAGAUUUCACACAGGAGAGAAGCCUUAUUCAUGUCCAGAAUGUGGGAAAUGUUUUAAAAUCAAAUCAAAUCUUGUUAUACAUGAGAGAAUUCACACAGGAGAGAAACCAUAUUCAUGUUCAGAAUGUGGGAAAUGUUUUACACAAAAAUCAAGUCUUGUUAUACAUGAGAGAAUUCACACAGGAGAGAAGCCAUAUUCGUGUUCAGAAUGUGGGAAAUGUUUUACACAAAAAUCAGAUCUUGUUAUACAUGAGAGAAGUCACACAGGAGAGAAGCCAUUUUCGUGUUCAGAAUGUGGGAAAUGUUUUACACAAAAAAAAUAUCUUGUUAAACAUGAGAGAAUUCACACAGGAGAGAAGCCAUAUUCAUGUUCAGAAUGUGGGAAAUGUUUUACAAAUAAAUCAAAUCUAGUUAUACAUGAGAGAAAUCACACAGAAGAGAAGCCAUAUUCAUGUUCAGAAUGUGGGAAAUGUUUUAAAUAUCAAUCAGGUCUUGUUAGUCAUAUGAGAAGUCACACAGGAGAGAAGCCAUAUUCGUGUUCAGAAUGUGGGAAAUGUUUUAUAAGUAAAUCAAGUCUAGUUAUACAUGAGAGAAAUCACACAGGAGAGAAGCCAUAUUCAUGUUCAGAAUGUGGGAAAUGUUUUACAAAUAAAUCAAAUCUAGUUAUACAUGAGAGAAAUCACACAGGAGAGAAGCCAUAUUCAUGUUCAGAAUGUGGGAAAUGUUUUAAAUAUCAUUCAGGUCUUGUUAGUCAUAUGAGAAGUCACACAGGAGAGAAGCCAUAUUCGUGUUCAGAAUGUGGGAAAUGUUUUACACAAAAAAAACAUCUUGUUAAACAUGAGAGAAGUCACACAGGAGAGAAGCCAUAUUCAUGUUCAGAAUGUGGGAAAUGUUUUACACAAAAAUCAGAUCUUCUUAAGCAUGAGAGAAUUCACACAGGAGAGAAGCCAUAUAUGUGUUCAGAAUGUGGGAAAUGUUUUACACAAAAAACUAAUCUUGUUCAACAUCAGAGAUUUCACACAGGAGAGAAGCCAUAUUUGUGUUCAGAAUGUGGGAAAUGUUUUACAUGGAAAACAGAUCUUGUUACACAUCAGAGAUUUCACACAGGAGAGAAGCCAUAUUCAUGUUCAGAAUGUGGGAAAUGUUUUACAGAUACAUCAGGUCUUGUUAGACAUAAAAGAAGUCUCACAGGAGAGAAGCCGUAUUUGUGUUCAGAAUGUGGGAAAUGUUUUACACAAAAAUCUAAUCUUGUUAAACAUCAGAGAUUUCACACAGGAAAGAAGCCUUAUUCAUGUUCAGAAUGUGGGAAAUGUUUUGCACAAAAAACAGAUCUUGUCACACAUCAGAGAAGUCACGCAGGAGCAAAUUUCUGAAAUAAGCAGAUUCCAUUUGGGUACAAAUAAAUUCAAACC